AUGGCAGACCUGCCGCUUCACCCCUUCUCGCCCUUUGCCAUUGAGCUGCCGACCUACGUCGCAAACACGCUCUCGGCGCCCGUCCUGGUGUCCAUCUUCGCGGCGGGAUGCGCCGUCAUCUUCCUCGUCACCUACGGCAUCAUCCAGCGGACGCGGCCCUCGAUGAGCGGCGGUGACCUGGCCGUGGCGCUGUGGUUUGCCCUCUGCGGCUGUAUCCAUCUGUUUUUCGAGGGCUACUUUUCCUACAACGCCUUCGACAUGGCCAGCAAGACGGACAUCUUCGGCCAGCUGUGGAAGGAAUACGCCCUCUCGGACUCGCGCUACAUGAGCCAGGACGCCUUCACCGUCUGCAUGGAGACCGUCACCGCCGUCCUCUGGGGGCCCAUGUCCUUUGCCUGCGUCUACUUCAUCAUCGCCGACCACCCGCUGCGCCACCCCUUCCAGCUCAUCAUCAGCCUCGGCCAGCUCUACGGCGACAUCCUCUACUACGCCAUCUGCACCUUCCAGGAGGUCGUCUUCGACAUUGUCUACUGCCGCCCCGAGCGCUUCUACUUCUGGGCCUACUACUUCCUCUGCAACUUCUUCUGGAUCGUCAUUCCCCUGCUGCUCAUCUGGCAGAGCGCCAGCGAGACGGCACGGGCCUUUGCCAAGGUCAAGGCCGCGUCUGCGGGCAAGAAGACGCAGUAA